GCAUAAACCAGCUUGGUGAAUCUUUCGACGUCGCACUCAAACGAUUCUAUGCCGUUGAGAAAAAACUUUCAAAAAAUCCUGAAUUGAAGGAACAAUAUGUCUCAUUCAUGAAUGAAUACGAGAACCUCGGACACAUGACCAAAAUAAAUACGUCGAAUGACUCAAUUCGAAAUACAAUCUUCUAUUUACCUCAUCAUGGGGUAAUGAAAACAUCCAGCACGACGACAAAACUUCGUGUUGUAUUUGACGGUUCAUCAAAAACUUCAAGUGGCAUCUCCUUGAACGAUGUUUUAAAAGUGGGUCCCACGAUACAGAACGAUUUGUUUACAAUAGUUAUUAGGUUUCGAACUUACAAGUACGUGGUGACAGCUGAUAUAGAGAAAAUGUAUCGAAUGGUAAAAAUACGACCCGAUCAGCGGGAUCUACAACGAAUAUUAUGGCGUUCAGACCAAUCUCAAGAACUUUGUCAUUAUAAACUAAACACAGUUACUUAUGGAACUGCCAGCGCUGCAUUUCUUGCUAUUAGAGCUUUAUUCCAAGUUGCUAAGGAAAAUGAAACAAAAUUUCCUAAAGCUAGUCAAGUUAUCAAGUCCAGUUUUUAUGUGGAUGACUUACUAACCGGCUUCGAUUCCAUCGAAGAUGGAAAGAAAGUUCUGUCAGAACUAGUGCAUAUCUUAAGUUCCGCUGGGUUCAAUCUAAGAAAAUUUGUCUCAAACAAUUCCGAAAUGUUAGAACACAUCACUCAAGUUAAAUCUGAAUCAACGCAAACCUUUAUUAACAAUGAUGAAACAACUAAAACGCUAGGUUUGAUAUGGAACUCAGCAGAUGAUAUUUUCAAAUACACUGUAUCCUAUAAUCAAUCAUCUAAUGUCACAAAACGGACAAUACUGUCAGUGGUGGCUCAAAUUUUUGACCCUUUAGGUCUUAUAGGACCUUGUACAAUCAAAGCCAAAAUUAUCAUUCAGAAGCUUUGGCAACUAGGUUUUCAUUGGGACGAAAGUCUCCCAGUCAAUUUACAUUCUGCAUGGAUUGAGUUCUCUAGUCAAAUACUUUAUUUACACUCAAUAAACGUUGCCAGACACAUAAUCUGUUCAGAUCCUAUUUCCAUUGAAUUACACUGUUUCGGAGAUGCUUCGGAAAAAGCUUACGGAACUUGUUGUUAUCUUCGAUCAGUUGAUCAAUUCAAUCAAAUUCAUGUUCAUUUAGUUUGCGCAAAAUCUCGCGUCGCACCUCUUAAAAUGAUAACGUUACCUAAACUCGAACUGUGCGCGGCUCUCUUGAGUAUUCAGCUCUCUCAAAAGGUUCUACAAGCCAUGUCUGAUAAAAUUGAUAACACUUAUUAUUGGAGUGAUUCCAGUAUUGCAUUAGCUUGGAUAAAUACUGAAUCACAUCAACUCAAAACGUUUGUAGCGAAUCGAGUAACUGAAAUACAGCAGUUUUCAAACAAAAAUCAGUGGGGUCACGUUCCCUCAGAAUCAAAUCCAGCAGAUAUUAUAUCACGAGGCAUUAAUCCAAAGGAAUUAAUGGAAUGCAAAUUAUGGUGGAACGGUCCUGUUUGGUUAUCCCGAGAAAAAUCUUUCUGGCCCAAAACCGAUAUUUUGCCCCAAUCGGAAAUUCCUGAAAUCAAAAAAACUGAUCUUACUCUAAUCAUAAUGACAGACUCUCAAGAUAUCAGUAUCAUUGAUCGGUUUUCUUCACUCACAAAACUCCACAGAGUUAUAGCCUUCUGCCAACGGUUUAUAAAUAACUCAAAAAUCUCAAUUCCUGAAAAUCGUUUUGCAGGUAAACUAUCAAAAUCUGAAAUCGAUAAUUCUCUUAAUACGAUAUGUAAACUUGUUCAAAGGAACGCAUUUCCUUCAGAGUUUGUAUCUCUAGAAAAAUACAAACAGAUAUCCCCAAAUAGUAAAAUUGUAUCUUUGAAUCCAUUCAUGGACAAAAAUGGUUUGAUCAGAGUGGGAGGAAGACUCAAACAUUCCAACCUCACUUACAACCAAAAGCAUCCAAUUCUAUUACCUCAUCAUUGCAAUUACACUAAAUUGGUAAUAAGGCAUGAGCAUUUGAGGCAUCUACAUGCAGGUGCUCAAGCUACUCUUGCAGCUGUUAGAUCAAAAUUUUGGCUAAUCAACGGACGUAGCGCAGUUCGAGGAGUUUUACGCAGGUGUGUAACUUGCUUCAGAUCAAAACCAAUAGAAAGUCGAUAUCAAAUGGGAGAUAUCCCAAAUUCACGUUUAAAACCACAACGCCCAUUUGCAACAACAGGCAUAGAUUUUGCAGGUCCUUUUCACAUUAAAGAUGGCAGAACGAAAAAUAGAAAAAUUAUCAAAUGCUAUUUAUGCAUUUUCGUUUGCUUCGUCACAAAAGCAGCUCAUCUCGAACUGUCUGAAGAUCUCUCGUCAGAGUCAUUUCUUAAAUGCCUAACCAGAUUUGUGUCAAGAAGGGGUGUUUGCACCGACAUUUAUAGUGAUAAUGGAACUAAUUUUGUAGGUACUGAACGUGAAUUGAAAAUUGUUUUAUCUAACCUCGAGAACAAUAGCCAGUUCAAUGACUUUCUCAAUUUGAAUCGAAUAAAUUGGCACUUCUCUCCACCACAUGCUCCUAAUUUCGGAGGUUUGUGGGAAGCAUGCGUAAAAUCAACAAAAUUUCAUCUAAAAAGAAUUGUUGGUAACUCUCAUUUGACUUUUGAGGGUCUAUACACUGUAAUAACUCAGGUUGAGGCAGUUCUCAACUCCCGACCCUUAUCCCCAAUGUCUAAUGAUCCUAAUGAUCUAUCACCUCUAACUCCUGGUCAUUUCCUUAUUGGCGAACCAUUGACCACUUUACCUCAAGAUGACGUCAGACAUGUGGCAAGCAACCGCUUGUCUCAUUUCAAGAAUAUUCAAAAACAAAUGCAACAUUUUUGGCAAAGAUGGUCACAUGAACACUUGAACCAUCUCCAAGAAAGAAUGAAAUGGCGACAAUCUACUCCCAAUCUGGAAACAGGCAUUUUGGUGCUACUCAAAGACGACAACACAGCUCCCUUAUGCUGGAAAAUGGGCCGUAUCAUCGAUGUGUUUCCCGGCAAAGACGGAAUAGUGCGUGUUGUGAAUGUGAAAACCGCUAAUGGAGUCUUUAAAAGACCAGUGUCGAAGAUUUGUGUUCUACCAAUAAACUCUUAGAACAAUAAGUCAGCUAUCAUUAUAUUGUUGAAAGCCAACCCUUUCAAGGGGGGCGGCAUGUAUUGUUUACAUUCAAAUCUUAACUCAUAUGUACCAUGCG